UCAGGCGUCCGCGGUCCACACUCCGCUCUUACAGACUUCCUCCGUGAACGGGGCAUCCGGGUACAGAACCUCGGGAGGCGGAACACAAACUCGGCUUCCGAGUCGCCUGCACCGGGGACUCUGUUGGUCGCGGUCGCGGUCGGCAACCCGGCUCCGGCUCCUGGACCAUCAAUAGGUGGAAAACGCAAACGCGCACCCGCCAAAAAGAAGAACAAGAAACGCGACGACGACUCCGAUUUCUCCGACGCCGACAACGAUGCCGGAGGCCCCAGCGCCCCCAAAGACAAGGCAACCGGCCCCUCAAAGCGUAGUGCAUUCUCCCACAAAAAGCGCCUGGGGCCUGGUAUGAUCGAUUUCUGCGCUCAAUGCAAUUGUCGAUUCACAAUCACCGCCUACACCGUCUCCACAACCGACGAAACCGGGCUCCUCUGCCACACCUGUGGUUCCGCGGCCUCUACCGGGGAUGGCAAAGCGGCAGAUAAAGCAGCCGCACCGAAAAAGGUGGUGAAGAGGAAACGUGCCGCCAAGGGGAAGUUUUUCGAUGAGGAGAAGAAGAUAGGGACGUUGCAGGACCGCUGUAUCCAGUUGAUUGCGAAACACAUCCAUGAUAUCGAUAUGUUGGGUGACAUCGGUUCCCUAAACCUCGACAAGAUCUGUCAGAUUAUCUCACGAAACCGAUCACUCACGCCCUCUACCAUCAAUUUAUUCCUCGAUGCCGGCGUCGAGAGCGUCAAGUUGUACGACUGCUCCAAACUGGGCGUGGAGGAGUUCCGUGCCGUCGGGGCCAAGUGUCCGUUUGCAAAUGAACUCUACCUCAAGUGGUGUGGACGGAUAACGGAUGACGUGGUCCAAUACUACGCCGACCACCUUACCCAACUCACAAAAACCACAUUCACCGGCCCCUUCCUCGUCACCGUCUCCGCAUGGCGUCAAUUCCUCUCCACAACCUCCACCCGCCUCGAAUCCUUCCAACUCAGCGAUACCUCACGCUGGGACGCAGAGACAAUGAACACCCUCGUCGACGCCUGCCCAAACCUCAUCUCUCUCCGCCUCAGCCGGAUCACCCCCCUCGACGACGAAAUCGUGCGGUUAGCGACUGGAUUGCCGAAUCUGACUUCCCUCGAUUUGAGUUGGCCUGGAAAGGCGGUGAGUGAUGCAGCGAUCAUCGACGUACUCAACACCAUCGGCUCAGGCCUGCUGGAGCUGAAUCUGGACGGUCAUGGGAUGUUGACGGAUGCGGUAUUGGCCACAAUCCGAGAAUGCUGUGGACGGCUCCAGAAAUUGUCGAUGAGUGAAUGCGAGACAUUCACGGCUGAGGGUAUCACCGCACUGUUCACCCAGUGGGACCUCAAUACGGGAUUGACGCAUCUUAAUCUUUCGCGUGUGUUGGGUAUGAAUGAUGAAGCGCUCGAGGCGGUUAUCGGACAUUCUGUGGCGACGCUGGUGAGUUUGGACAUCAACUCUUGCGAUGAACUCACGAGCGCUCCACUCCACACACUCGCGUCCGCUACGGCGUCCUCUGAUAUUCUUGAGUAUAUUGACGUCUCCUUCGUUCGAUGCGUGGAUGAUAUCGUCGUUGAAGCCCUC